AGUGAUCACUUGAGGUACUCCUGACCGUACUUCGUGAACGGUCGCAAUCUGGCGAUGUGCUGCAAAAUCACCUACCAGCCGUAAGGCUACCGACAAUACCAGCGAAAUGGAGCAAUCAUGGGUCUCACAGACUAGGCAGCGACCUCUAUUAGGGACCAAGCUCUUGUGUGAAGUGCUAGCUGAAAUGGUGUGCAAUGGGAGUAUCCAACACGCUGUAUUGCUCACCAUAACAAGAAUUCACUGGCUCCCACAAUUCAGGGCAUUUCUCGCGAUUUGUUUCUCAAGGAUUUGGGGGUGGCUCAACCCACGGGAUCUAUCUCUUGCCAACUCAAACAAGGCUUAUGUGCAUCGGUAGUGGUCAGACAGCCCAGACGGUUUCUCGCCAGUGCUCGCGCAAACAAGAUGGUGGUGUUUUGUCGGUAGAGUUCUCGCGACCUGGCGCUGUAUAUACCACCGGUGACCCAUUUCUAGCGAGACAGUCU